GUCAGUCAGUCAGCCACUGAGCCCCACCACCGCCCCAUGGACGCCCCACGAGCGGCACGCCUCGCGGCGCGCCCACCCGGCCCGCCUCCCGUUAGCAGCCUCCUCCACCGCACCGCGGCGCGCGGGGUGGUGGUGGUGCCCUCGCGAUCCGCGUGCCAAUUCCAGCGGUGGUGGCCUGGUGGGUGUACCUUUCCCUCCCCUGGCCGCUGCUCGCGCCUCGCGGCCGCGCACCGGAACCAGAGCCCCGUCGCGAAUCUAGGGUUGCCUCCGCCCCGCCCCCGCCUUCCGAGGUCCCAAGCCGCCGGGACUGGGACGAGGGUAACAGGCGACGGAGGCUUCGACAGACGCCCCCUCGUCGAAUGCACCGGCGACCGAUCGAUUCAGGAGCACGCAGGAGUAGUUGAGGAGAAAGCUUCAAAAAUGUCAUCCACUGUGCCAAAGUCAUCAAAUAUCUUCUGGCAUGAUUGCGCAGUUGGCAAGGCUGAUCGUCAGAAGCUACUCAAGCAGAAAGGUUGUGUUGUCUGGAUUACAGGCCUUAGUGGUUCAGGUAAAAGUACCUUGGCAUGUACAUUAGGCCGAGAGCUCCAUACAAGAGGGAAGCUUGCAUACGUUCUUGAUGGUGAUAACUUAAGACAUGGACUAAACAAGGAUCUUGGCUUUAAAGCUGAAGAUCGUGCUGAAAAUAUAAGGAGAGUUGGUGAAGUGGCAAAGUUAUUUGCAGAUGCGGGCCUUGUAUGUAUUGCAAGUUUGAUAUCUCCGUAUAGGAGAGACCGUGAAGCUUGCCGUGCUUUGUUGUCUGAUGGUAGCUUUGUGGAAGUUUUCUUGAACAUGUCCUUGGAAUUGUGUGAAGCAAGGGAUUCAAAGGGUCUUUAUAAGCUUGCUCGUGCAGGAAAAAUAAAGGGUUUUACUGGAAUCGAUGACCCCUACGAAGCUCCCCUGAAUUGCGAGAUUGAGAUCAAGGAAGUGGACGGUGUAUGCCCCCCACUUUGUGACAUGGCGGGGCAGGUGGUUACUUACCUUGAGGAGAAAGGCUUCCUGCACGAGUAGCUGAAUCCGUGAAGCAAUCUUUGGGGAAGAUUUAUAUAAGGCUAGCACAGAAUAAGUCAAAGGCGCUGGCAGUGGUGUUCCCAUAGUUAUGUCUUAUGUAGAUUGAUUCCAAUGCCAUCUUAUUUUCUUUCGUUACUUCCCUCUGGCACAAGUUCUGUCAUUCUGUGCAAUGGCAUUCAGAUGAGCCUAGAUUGUUCCUAAUCUCUUUUGAUUACUUCCUCUGGCACUAGUUCUGUGCAAUGGCAUUCAGAUGAGCCUAUAUUGUUCCUAAUCUCUUUUGACUUGAGUAGUUUACGUGUAAUGCAAUGCUGAUAGCCACUUGGGUAGUA